AUGGGUGAACAUUCCAAUAAUAAUAAUAAUAGUGAAAUUCGAAAGAGAAUAUAUUUGACCAUUAUGUCUAGUGUUGACUUUGAAGAAACCGGUCAUAAGCUCCUCAAUAUGAAAAUUCACCGUUCUCAACAGAUGGAAAUUUGUACUAUGGUUUUGAAAUGUUGCAGCCAAGAGACAACUUAUAGAAAUUAUUACGGUCUUCUGGGACAACGAUUAUGCGCCAAUAACCACUCACAUCACCACAAUUUUGAGAAAUGCUUUGUAAACAAUUAUGAAAUGAUUCACAAUCACAAGUUUGAAACAAAUAAGAUACGAAAUUUGGCUAAGUUUUUUGCCCAUUUACUAAGCACAAAUGCUUUGUCUUGGCAUGUAUUGGCUUGCAUUAGUUUAACACAACACAAUACCACUCCUUCAUCUCGAAUCUUUAUCAAAUUUCUUUUUCAGGAAUUAUCGGAGCAACUUGGCAUUCGAAUACUGAAUGAACGACUUUCGAAUCCCAGAAUGUAUGAUUCAUUUGAAUCUAUAUUUCCAAAGGAUAAUGAAAAAGAUACACGCUUUGCCAUCAACUUCUUCAACUCGAUUGGACUUGGAGGACUCACUGACAACAUGAGGGAGUAUUUGAAGAAGAAUGAAAGUGAAUGUACAAGAAAAAGAAAGCACAAUGAAAAUGAGGAAUAA